AAUUAUUUGAAUAAACAUGUGGGUGUGUCUCAACUGUCACGAAUACAAUGACCCUAAUAAAGAAAAGUGUGGAAAAUGUGAAAAUCCUAGGCAAUAAAAGGAAAAACCAAAAGGCAAACAUGAACACAAAAAUGCCAAUGUUUUGUUUAAUCGGAAAACAAUGUACACAAGAGGAAACGCUAAAGGAUGGCAGAAAGCUAUUAAGCCCGGAUACGAACGACAAAGUGUUGUUGGAAGACUGGAGGAAAGAUCUUUAUCUCCAACAAUUCAGCCAGGAUUACAACGAAAACGUGUUGUUGGAAGACUGGAGGCAACAUCCUUAGCUCCAACCAUUCAGCCAGGACAAGAACAAAUGACUUUUGCUGAAAGACUGGAGGCAUUAUCUUUAGCUGGAAUCUCACAGCCGGUACCUGGACCAAAAAAAGAAAGCAAAAAGUUAGAAUCAGUAUCGGUAGCUCCAAUCUCACAGCUGGUACAGGUGCCAAGAGAAGUUAGCAUCACCAAACUGAAAUCAGUAACAUUAGCUCCAAGUAAAAAAGAGCACGACCCUGAUUAUUUACUAGUAGCAGCAUUGGACUUUGGGACAGCUUAUUCAGGUUAUGCCUUUUCAAUGCGAAGCAAUUUCAAAACCAACCCUUUGAAGAUCCAUGCAAAUCAAGCUUGGAAUGCAGGCGGCAGACAGUUGCUUUCACUGAAAACACCUACAACAUUGUUAUUAAAUGCUGAUAAGCAAUAUAAAGCGUUUGGUUACGAAGCAGAAAAUACAUACUCAGACCUUGCAAUUGAAGAUGAGCACACUGACCAUUUUCUUUUCCGAAGAUUUAAAAUGAAUUUACAUGACAAGAAGAAAAUAGGAAACGAUCUGAUCAUAGAAGACAUAACAGGAAAACCAAUGGCAGCUUUAUAUGUUUUUACGCUAUCAAUUGAAGCACUUGUCAAACAUUUGAUGGCUCUUCUAGUAAAGGAAGGCACUGGUGUACAAAUGAAAGAAAUACGCUGGGUUCUGACUGUACCUGCAAUCUGGACUGAUAGUGCUAAGCAGUUUAUGAGAAAAGGUGCAGUUCAGGCUGGAAUACCAGAAAAUAAACUUUACAUAGCUUUAGAACCGGAAGCAGCAUCUAUAUUCUGUCAAUACUUACCAACAGAACAUCUUAAUGGAGCUGAUUUCAAGAUGGCCGAACCUGGAACAAAAUACAUGGUCGUUGAUCUUGGAGGUGGCACAGCUGAUAUAACUGUUCAUGAAAAAGUUUCAAAUGAACAUCUAAAAGAGUUAUCUAGUGCGACAGGAAACAAUUGUGGAGGUACGUUUGUUGAUGAAAAAUUUUUGCAGAUGUUUGUCGAUAUAUUUGGACGUCCAGUGAUGAACGCAAUGAAAGAAGAAGAUCCCUCUGCGUAUUUGGAUCUGUUUCACGAAUUUGAAACAGUCAAACGAAUAAUAGGACCGGAUAUAGGUAAAAAAAUUAACAUAGGCAUACCUUAUGUAUCAAUAAAUAAAUGUUGUUUGACACUUCUUGGUAAAGACAUUGAUUCUGCCCUUAGUGCGUCCAAGUAUGCCAACGAAAUAUAUAUUAAAGGUGCCAAAAUGCGAAUUGACUCUCAAAUCAUCAAAGAUAUUUUCAAUCCAACAAUUCAAAGUAUUGUGACUCUCAUGAAAGACAUUUUUGACAGGGAGCAAUCAUCUAAGGUCAAUCAGAUUUUACUGGUUGGUGGCUUUUCUGAAUGUUCUCUUGUUCAAGAUGCAAUUAAACGGGCGUUUCCAGAUAAAAGAAUUAUAAACCCAGAUGAAGCUGGUUUGGCUGUUCUAAAAGGAGCUUGUCUUUUCGGUCACAAACCGGAUUAUAUAAUAUCUCGCGUGAUGCAGUAUACCUACGGCACAGGAAUUAGUUUACCCUUUGAUGCAAACAUUCACGACAAGGAACAUCUCGUCAAAGAGGACGAUGGAGAAUUCUGUGAUGGACUGUUUGAAGUUAUAGUCCAUAAAAAGGACACAGUUGAUAUUGCUACCGCAAUCGAACACAACUUCACCGUGGAUUGCAAUGAAUCUGAGCCGUGGGAACUGUCCCUUUAUGCAUCGACAAAUGAGAAACCGCUGUACGUGGACGAACAAGGUUGUACUCUCCUCGGUUCUAUGAAAAUUUCGUUCUCAAAAGCAAGUGAUACAGAACGAGAAUUGAGAGUAGCGUUUAUGUUCGGUAAUACUGAGUUGGGUGUUACAGCAACCGAUAUAUCAACUGGAGAAACAGUUUCGUCUACAUUUAACCUGAACUGA